UCCGCACGAGGUGGGUUUGUGAUUUGACGUUGCCUUGACGAGAAUGUCUCUUCAGUCGACUGCUGACCUUCAUGUUCUUGCUGCCCUGUACGUUGUAACCUUGUCUUUCUGUGGUAAGUUUGGAACUUAUUGGUAUAAUUAUAAUGAGUGCACUAAGGUACCUAUUUUGCUAUCCAGAGUAACUGCUCAUGCACGAUUGAAAAUCUACAAAAAAACAUGCGUUUCACAUGAAUUCCUUUAGUUUAGAGGUUACUUUGGUAAAAUUAGACGUACGGAAAUGUUUGGACAUAGUUUGUGAGAUCCAAAGAGCUAUUUUUGUUAGACAGUUAGUCAUGUUUUUAAAUGGCGACAAAAUGAUAAAACUGUUUAAGCUGCGGUUGCAUUUAUUUAAAAAAAAAAUGGUUAAAUGGUUAAAUGGUUAAAUGGUUCAGAAAGAAGAAGGAAGUCAGGCGUGUCGUAUUUAUAUAUAUCCGCUUUGAAAUUUCCCUGUGACUCUUAUGCUGCAAUUUCUGUUUGUAAACCACGCAAACUUACAUAGUGUAUUGACGGUCUUUGACACAAGAAGGAUGAAAUUGUUCGUUUACUGGAGAUAGGCUUUCCGAAAGUCCACUUUGGCUUCAAGUCCAGUACUGCUAGUAGACCUUCAGUCUUAACUUUUUCGUCGCUGGGAGGCUGAAGUUUGCUCUUUAGACUGUUUACAAUGAUUUCCGUUUACGAUCUGUCAGGUAAACGUGCUUUAGCUCGUAUGCGUUAACGAACUUCAUAUCCCACGAUGUCCCUGUUUACGAUCGAUUGGACGUAAGUCGCGUAAACACGCUUUAGUACUCGCGUUUACGAACUUGAUAUCCGUUCAUAUCCGUUUAAGAAUUGUCACGUGUGGGACGAAAGCCAUGUGAACGCGCUUUAGCUUGUAUGCGUUUAACGAACGUAUAACGAACUUCGGAUAUCUAAUGAUAUCCCGUUUUACGAUUUGUCACGUGUUGGACAAAAGCGGUGUUAACUCGCUUUAACUCGUAUGUGUCUACGAACUUGAUAUCCGAAGAUUUCCCGGUUUACGAUCUCUCAUGUGUGGACAAAGUCGUGUGGAGGCGCAGUUUGCUCGGAUGCGUUUACGACUGAACUUUGUAUCUGAUGAUAUCUGUUUGAGAACAGUCGUGUGCACAAAACCUAAAAAACGCGCUUUAGUCUAUAUGAUUUGAUAAAUUUGAUUUUCCUUUUAGAACAGUCAUAUUUGGACGAAACCGUUUGAACCGGCUUUAGCUCGUAUACGUUUACCGCUGCGGAAAUCCGAAGAUAUCCCACUUUAGUAAAAUCCAGGUAGUGGUCUAUUAUCAAUGCUGCGUUCUGAUUGGUUGAGCUAAUAUUGGGCUAUAUGUUAUAGCCCACUAGUAGCGAAAAGCGCGGGCUUUUUGGCGGCAAAAAAGGAUUAAAGUCUAGCUUAAACUAGCUAAAAGUUUUUUAUUCUCGAUAUUUUUUACCAACUAGUUGGAUUUUACUAAAAAGAUUAUUCCUCUCGCCCUCAUGGCCUCUGAGUCAAUAGCUAUUGACUCAGAGCCUAUUCGGGCUCGCGGAAUAAUUGUUAAUUACACUCUUUCAUGUGUGGGACGAAGCUUUAGCACGUAUCCGUUUACGAACUUGAUAUCUACCGAUAUCCCAUUUUACCAUCCGUCAUGUGUGGACAAGAGUUGCGCAAAGGUGCGUUACUUUGUAUGCGCCUACAGUCUUGAAGAGUCUUGUGUGCAAAUUCAUGUGAACCGUACCAGGGUGCUGUUACAUUAGCGGGUUGGUGGGGAGGGUACUUACUCUCGAGGGCGCAGAACAAGCUAAGGAGAGUUGUAGAAUAAGAUCCACUUUCAAAUGCUAGAAUUAGUGUGAAACGAAACGACAUUUGGUUAGACUGACUUCGUAGUAGCCAUAUAGCGAUUCAAACCUGCCGCUUUGUGUCAACAAGAGGCUUAUUUGCUCUUGUACAAAGGGUUUUUUUGUUUCAGUGACUGGUUUAUUGAAGUUAGUAAAAAGUUGAUUAAAAACACGAAUCUUCCCUAUAAGCCAGGUUUUUCCUUUGUUCUUUGUUCAAUCCUUACUUAAAUUAAUGAUUGCUUGUCUUAAUCCUUGUUUCAGCAUCACAGAACAUCUCGAUUUCACAAGAAACAAACUCCAGGUUAGUCUUAACAGAACCCAUGGUUGUUUCAGAAAAACUUCUUGUCCACAGUUACAGCAGAUGCUUGAAUUGACGGGCGCUUAUUUACCAUAUUGAGUUGGGUUUAUUCGACGAGUUGGGUGGGGACGUUUGUUUGAAGGGGGCUCUUAAUUCGUUGUUCAACUGUUUGCCACAAAAUAACAUUGUAUUUAUUUCCAGUAAAUACGUACAGUGAAAGUAACAUAAACCCAGAUGGAUGAGCAACCAAAGGUAGUACAAGCUGCUCACAAAUGCCUUUUUUUUUCUAGCUGUAUUCCUGCGGAGUCCCCAGUCAGCUCUGCCAUGAGGAACGCGUAUUGUUCUUUUUACCCUAAAAAAGCUGGAGCCUGUGAAGACAUCAUAAGUAGUAGAUAUGUUUAUGGGGAUUCUGGUUUCUUGAGAGAUAGGGAGGAUCUCAAUGCAAGGUUCGAUGGUUACUUAAGAGCGGGAUUUAUAUCUGAAGGAUGCAAAUUUUUCAUCAAGGAAAUGGUCUGUCGCUAUUUGUUUCCACUGUGUGAUACCUCUCUAAACAAGCCUCGUGCUCAGGAGAUUUGUCGUAAGACUUGUCAGUUUGUGCUCCAUGGAAAGUACUGCGCAAAAGAGUUAGAUGUCCUGAGAACAAUUGCGAAAACAGAUCCUGUUUUUAUCGAAAAUCUAAUCAACUGCACUAAAUACCCCGCUGCCAAUGGAGGAGAGGCAUCAGAAUGCUACCAACACCCUGCAUUACCAGGUGAUUAAUUGUAAUAUUUCCUGUGGCUUCAGCCCCCAGUUGUUCAAAAAGUUGAUAACGCUAUAGUACAAUUGUUUUCUUUAAUACUUAUGGGUCAUUAUACGGUUCUGGGAAACUGCCCACCUGCCCCUCCCCUAAGCUAGCAUAGCACUUACUUCUCACUUGGGGCAAAAUGUUGGCUUAGGGGAAGAGUAGGUGGGCAGUUUUCCAGAAACAUCCAGUGGAUAGGGAUUUAUCAGGUGGAUAGCGCCAUCCAGCUUUUGAUCAACUGGGGUCUGGUUUAUAUUUUUUUUUAGAAAAAGAAAGAGUCUUGACGUAAAGAGUUCCUUCUCUUUUUCUUUUUAAAGGUGACAAAACCAGAAGUACAGGUUUGUGAAUCUUUUCUUAGCAUUCUUCUAAAGCACUAGCCUGAGUGAUCUCUUGUCUGACGAGGGACCGCCACUCGAAAUGUCACUUUUUGAAUUUUCUUACUGCGUCAAAAGAGCCACUUGCUAAGUACAAUACGCAAUCCUUAGAUUGUUACCAUGGCAUUGGCGUUGGAUAUCGUGGUGAAGUGAAUAUAACUCGUUCAGGCCGUUCUUGUCAGCGGUGGAUUUCUCAAUGCCCUCAUCGUCAUCUGCGGAUUCCUGAAGAUGUUGUUGAUGGUCAGAAUGACUCCAACAUGUGUCGUAACCCAGAUGCUAGUGCCCCGGAUGGACCUUGGUGCUAUACCACUGACCCUAAGGUUCGAUGGGAGUACUGCAACAUAUCCCGCUGCCCUCCAAGAGGUACUUUUUAGGUUUUGUUUUUGAAAAAUCUUACAGCUUAAGAAUGAGCAGUUCAAUAUGCAUGGUACAUUUGAUUAGUUACACCAAAAGAUAUACUUUGCCCCUCCCUCUUUCCCUCCAUUCCUUUCUUCCUUUCUCUGCUCCCCCCUCCUUGAAUUCCCCUCUUCCUUUCCUCCCUCCCUCCUUCCUUCAUCCUUCGUUCCCCCCUUCCUUCCUCCACUCCUUUCUCCCCAUCUUCCCUUCCUUUUUCCUUCGCUCGCUCCUCCCUUCCUCUGUCCCCCUCCCUGUAUUCACCUCUUCCUUUCCUCCCUCCUUCCUUCCUUGAUCCUUCGUUCCCUCCUUUCUUCCUCCCUCCCUCCCUUCCUUCCUUCCUUCCUUCCUUUCUCUGUCCCCGCCUCCCUGUAUUCCCCUCUUCCUUUCCUAGCUCCGUCCUACCUUCAUCCGUCGUUCCCUCCUUCCUUCCUUCGUUUCUUCUUUCCUUCCUUCCUUCUUCCCCCCUCUCUCCUCUCUUUCUUCUUCCCUCUACCUUUUCUCCUUCCCUUCCUCCCUACCUUUUUCUCUCAUUUUUGUGCAAUUGAGUGUUUGCGAAAAUUUCCAUUCACCAGUUCCAUCUGAUGGUCCGAGUUUGUUAAGAGGAUAUCCUCUCAACUCAACUGCAAUUCACAUAUCCUGGGAACGUAUCCCUCCACCCCCUCACAAUGAAAAGCUCCUGGGAUACCGCAUAAGAUACAGACGCCUUGGAUCCCAGUUAUAUAUUGAAAAGAAUGUUUCCAGUAACAGCACAGAAGUUGUGAUCAGCAGACUUGACUACCGAACUUCGUAUGAAAUUAAAGUAAAUGGCUUUAACGAAGUUGGUCACGGACCACCUGGAAACCUCAUUAUUGUACAAACCUUGCAAAACGGUAUGUAAAUGCUGCCAUUGUACACUCUGUGAACUUUGAUGAUACUAAGUUUUUAAAGUGAAUAACCUAAUCAUCACGUAGUGUUUCUGGAGAGGUGCUUUUCAAUUUUUAGUGAUAGAGAACAUCGGAGAGUUCCUCUGUCAUCGCAUACAUACUUUCAUUAGCUUCGCUUCUGACCAUAGGUGAAAGAUGUUGAAGUUCCAUUUUUAAGACUGAACAAUUUUUUUUGUCUUUUCAGGUACCAUUGUGGUUGAUAUAAACUUUGAGCUUGUGAUCAACACUGAUUUUCAUAGUGAUCUACUUAAUAGAAGUAGCGAAAAGUUCAUAGUGAUGGAAAGGAAUAUUACCUCGAAGGUAAGCAAGGGUUAUUUGGCAGUUGAUUUGCGAUUUCGCCAUCGUUUAGCCUAG